GUUUAUUUAAAUCAAUAUCAUUGUCAGAACCGAGUGAAAAAUGAAAGUGUGGCAUCUGAAGCGGAAAAUGUGAAAUCCUACCGUUAAAAGAAAUGAUACUCCUCGAAAAUUCGAAGGAUCGAUUGCUGCGUAGAGAAUAAGUGAAACUAUGAAGCAAAUCCCAGGAGCAAAUGUGGGAGUGAAGACAGCUCUAAGAGCAAGUUUUUUGCUCUUAUAUGUUCUUGAAACUCAAGCACAGACAGACACGCGAUGCCUAUUAGAAGGAGGAGGGUCUACAGAUAGUUUCUUUGUGAGAGAAGAUCUUGGAGUUGGUUCUACACUUGGAAAACUUAGACUUAAAGGAGAAGUUAAUAAAGAUAUCAGGCUCAGUCUAGAGCAAUCAUCAGGACCAAUAGGAUUAGAUCUAUCUGAUGGUUCUGCUAGCCUCAUCCUUAACUCUAAACUAGACAAGGAAGAAUCAUUGUAA